AUGAUGCAGACUUUGGGCCUCACUACCCUCUUUGUGGCCCCGACGGCUCCGGGCCGGGUCGGGACGGGCCCUAGCCCUCCGGGGAUCGGCCGGGCCCCAACCAGCAGCCCUCUGCGCGGGGACCAUGGCGCACACCGGCCUCGGGAGCCGCGGAGGCGCCGCCUGGUGAUCCGGCCGCGGCGGCAGCGAGGGGGGCGCGGGCGGAGACCCCGGGGGCCGUCCAUGCCCCGGGCGCCGGGCGCGGGCCGCGUGAAGCGCGGCUGGGUGUGGAACCAGUUCUUCGUGGUGGAGGAGUACACGGGCACCGAGCCCCUGUACGUGGGCAAGAUCCACUCGGACUCUGACGAGGGUGACGGGGCCAUCAAGUACACCAUCUCGGGCGAGGGUGCUGGGACCAUCUUCCUGAUCGAUGAGCUGACGGGAGACAUCCAUGCCAUGGAGCGCCUGGACCGUGAGCAGAAAACUUUCUACACACUGCGGGCUCAGGCUCGGGAUCGUGCCACCAACCGCCUGCUAGAGCCCGAGUCGGAGUUCAUCAUCAAGGUGCAGGAUAUCAACGACAGCGAGCCCCGCUUCCUGCAUGGCCCGUACAUUGGAAGCGUGGCUGAGCUCUCACCCACAGGCACGUCGGUGAUGCAGGUGCUGGCCUCGGAUGCGGAUGACCCGACAUACGGCAGCAGCGCUCGGCUGGUGUACAGCGUGCUGGAUGGCGAGCACCACUUCACGGUGGAUCCCAAGACCGGCGUGAUCCGGACGGCCGUGCCCGACCUCGACCGCGAAAGCCAGGAGCGCUACGAGGUGGUGAUCCAGGCCACAGACAUGGCGGGCCAGCUGGGCGGCCUCUCUGGCUCCACCACCGUCACCAUCGUGGUCACCGAUGUCAAUGACAACCCACCUCGUUUCCCGCAGAAGAUGUACCAGUUCAGCAUUCAGGAGUCGGCCCCCAUCGGCACGGCUGUGGGACGAGUGAAGGCUGAGGACUCGGACGUGGGCGAGAACACAGAUAUGACUUACCACCUCAAGGAGGAGAGCAGCAGCGGCGGCCAUGUGUUCAAGGUCACCACGGACAGCGACACUCAGGAGGCCAUCAUCGUAGUGCAGAAGCGCCUGGACUUCGAGUCCCAGCCCGUGCACACCGUAGUCCUGGAGGCCCUCAACAAGUUCGUGGACCCCCGCUUCGCUGACCUGGGCACGUUCCGCGACCAGGCGAUCGUGCGCGUGGCCGUGACCGACGUGGACGAGCCCCCCGAGUUCCGGCCGCCCUCCGGCCUCCUGGAGGUGCAGGAGGACGCGCAGGUGGGCUCCCUGGUCGGCGUGGUGACGGCGCGGGACCCCGACGCCGCCAACCGGCCCGUCCGGUACGCCAUUGACCGCAACUCGGAUUUGGACCAGAUCUUUGAUAUCGAUGCGGACACGGGCGCCAUCGUGACGGGCAAGGGGCUGGACCGCGAGACAAGGGGGUGGCUUCCUCUCUUAGUCCUUGCUUUCGCUGCAGACAAUCAUGCCCAGCUCUCCCGGGCAUCCCUAAGGAUCCGAAUCCUGGAUGUGAACGACAAUCCCCCGGAGCUGGCCACUCCCUACGAGGCGGCUGUGUGUGAGGAUGCCAAGCCAGGACAGCUUAUCCAGACCAUCAGCGUGGUGGACAGAGACGAGCCUCAGGGUGGGCACCGCUUCUAUUUCCGCCUGGUGCCCGAAGCUCCCAGCAACCCUCACUUCUCCCUGCUUGACAUCCAAGACAACACGGCCGCGGUGCACACGCAGCACAUGGGUUUCAACCGGCAGGAGCAGGACGUGUUCUUCCUGCCCAUCCUGGUGGUGGACAGCGGGCCGCCCACGCUGAGCAGCACGGGCACGCUCACCAUCCGCAUCUGCGGCUGCGACAGCUCGGGCACCAUCCAGUCCUGCAACACCACAGCCUUCGUCAUGGCCGCCUCCCUCAGCCCCGGCGCCCUCAUUGCCCUCCUGGUCUGUGUCCUCAUCCUGGUCGUGCUGGUGCUGCUGAUCCUCACCCUCAGGCGCCACCACAAGAGCCACCUGAGCUCGGACGAGGACGAGGACAUGCGGGACAAUGUCAUCAAAUACAACGACGAGGGCGGCGGCGAGCAGGACACCGAGGCCUACGACAUGNCGGGGAGCGCGGGCGCGGGCAGCCCCCCGCAGGCCCGCUUGCCCUCGGAGCGUCAUUCGCUCCCGCAGGGGCCACCGAGCCCCGAGCCGGACUUCUCGGUGUUCAGGGACUUCAUCAGCCGCAAGGUGGCGCUGGCGGACGGGGAUCUGUCGGUGCCGCCCUACGACGCCUUCCAGACCUACGCCUUCGAGGGCGCGGACUCGCCGGCCGCCUCGCUCAGCUCGCUGCACAGCGGUUCGUCUGGCUCCGAGCAGGACUUCGCCUAUCUCAGCGGCUGGGGCCCGCGCUUCCGGCCCCUGGCCGCGCUCUACGCCGGCUACCGCGCGGACGACGAGGCCCAGGCCUCCUAGCCCCCUGCCCUGCCGUCGGGGUGCUCCUCCCCGCCCACCCAGGACAAAGCAUUUCCCGCACUCACUCCCUUCCCCAAGCCCUCGCACCCUCCCAGGGCGGCCGGACAGGAGGGG